UUGUGUCUGGUCGCCGGUGCCGCGAGGAUUGCGAAUACGCCGCUGCCGCAGCUGCGCAACUGCCAACCACGUGAGAAGGACAGGACGGUGACCAGGCUGUUCUAGAAAGGAGUGUCCGAGUGUGAAGGGUGAUAUUCACCUUCGGAAGAUUCUGAUUCGACCCAGGAGCUCAGGUGGCCGGCGGACAACGGUGGUUGGCACGGGCCGUGACCGUACUUUCAGUGAAGGUCGGAGCUCCGUGCCAAAUCGGACCAGCUGACCGGCCCGGCGACACCGGCUCUGCCUACAGGAACGCCAUCGCACCGCUCCGUCCCUGUCGGUCACCCCACCUCUCACCGCCGCCCGUCCGUCGCCCUGCCGAUGGUCUCCGUCGUCUGACCCGCCCGCUCGUCGGUGACGGCUCCCGCCCGCCAGCGGCAUGGAGGCGGUGUGCGGCGGCCGGCGGCCGGCCCGGUGGGACGACCCGUGCCGGCUGGACCUGGUCACCGCCGCGGCCGGCGUCACCUACUCACUAUUGGUGCUGGUGAUGGCCGUCGUGUGGCACACGGCGCGCCGGCAGCGGCGCAGCGGCCCGCCGCCGCCGCCGCGCCGCUUCAGCCUGCACUCGGCGCGCUGGCUGCUGGCGCUGGCCGUGGCGCUGUUCUCGCUGGCCGCCCUCAUGGACGCCGUGCUGGCUGACUGGUACGCCGCAGAGAGACGGCCGCACGUGUGGGCCGCCCCGGCUGCCGCGCUGCUCGGCAUUUUUGCCGUCACAGCACUCACCGGACUGAGUGAGCGGGAUGCGGCGCCCGGCCGGCUGCUGGCCAACCUGCUCUAUUGCGGGCUGGCGGCCGCCGUCGGCGCGUGCAAGGCGCACUUCUACCUGAGUGUGGACGGCCUGGACGUGCGCCACGUGCGGGUGCUCGCCACGUGGGCCACGAUGUUCGUGUACGCGGCGCUCACGGCGCUCGAGGUGUACUUCGCGUUUGUGGAGCGUUACAUGUGUAGCUCGUAUCAGCUGAACGCCGAAUCGGACGGCGUGGAUCUGAACGAGUUCGCCUACAAGCACCCGUUCGCCAGUGCCGCCGAGAAGGUGACCUUUUCAUGGAUCAUCGGCCUGCUGCGCCUCGGCAACCGUUGGCCCAUAGAGUUCCACAACCUUGGCAGUUUGCCGCCGGGAGAGGGAACGCUCCCUCAUUAUGAAAGAUUUAGCAAGCAUCUCAACAGGGAAAAGGGUCUGUCGGGCGCCGGUCGGCAGCUGAGCCUCUGGCGGGUGGUGUGGCGCACCCACCGCAGCCGGCUGCUACUCGGUGGCUUCCUCAAACUGUGCGGCGACAUGGUGGGAUUCGUGGCACCGCUGGCACUGCGCAACAUCGUCGAGUUCGUGAUGCGCCAUCGGGCCGGCACGCUGCCUACCGAUUUUCUCGAACGGGACGGGUACCUGUACCCGACCGUGCAGCAGUUCCUGGCCAACGGCUUCGUCAUGUCGGUGGUGGCCCUGGUAGCGGCGCUGGCGCAGGGCACCUUCUCUCAGUGCUGUACACACGUCAUGGUGACGGAGGGAGUCCGACUCCGCAGCGAGAUCCAGGCACUGAUCUACGAGAAAUCGCUGAAGAUUCCGUGCAUAUCCAACGACCGCGGAGCGAGCGACGACUCUCCGGAUCCGCUCGGCUCGCCCGAUGAGACGGAUCAGGGUGAUCACGUGGGGAACAUCACCAGCCUUCAGACGGACGACGCGGACAACCUCACGGAGCUCAUAUGUCAGACACACUACGUCUGGGCCAUCCCUCUCAAGAUCGUGAUUCUGCUGGUACUCAUCUACCAGCAGCUGGGAGUCAGUGCCAUCAUCGGCGCCCUCGUGUCCAUCGUCGUGUUGACGCCGCUGCAGUUCGUGGUCGUCUGGUUUCUGCAGAAGAACAAAAAGGGCCUUCUGAAAAAGGGCGACGAGCGUCUGAGCCUGACCGCCGAGUUCGUGGGCGGAAUUCGGAUGCUCAAGCUGAACGCCAUGGAGUUUGUAUACAAGGACAAAAUCCAGAAGAUCAGGAAAGCGGAGCUCAAACUGCUGAUGAAGGACUCACUCUUCUGGGCUCUGAACACGUUCCUGACCCAGUCGUCGCUGACCGUGGUAACCGUCACCACUUUCGGCCUGUUCGGCGUGCUCGGCCACGAGCCGCUGGUUUCUGCUCGCGUGUUCAGCGCUCUGGCGCUGUUCAACCAGCUGACCGUGCCGCUGUUCGUACUGCCCAUUGUCGUCAAGGCACUCAUUGAUGCUAAGGCGAGUAUUCGCCGUCUGACCGACUUCCUGGCCCUGGCUGACGUCGAGGGAAUUGACGAGGAGCCGCCGCAGACCGUGGCGCUCGCCUCCAAACUCUCCAUCAGGCUCAAAGAACGCGACGCGUCUCGGAGACAAACCUCGGUGGUGUCCUCGGCCCCGACCGGCCGAUCGACCAGCACCUCGUCUGUCGCCUCACGGACUGAACUCCCCGACUCUGUGCCGCGCCGAGAGCGCCCCACAUCCCUGGAACUCUCCUCACCGGCGACCCUAGGACCAAGACUGUCCGGAUCCCCGGCCUACGCGUGGGGCAGCCAGGACUCUGUGUUUAAACUGGAGGAGAUUCCGGAGGGUGACGAGGAAUUCACGGCGACGGAGACGAGUGAGGAGUCGACUUCGUCCUCCUCUCCGUCCCCCACUGGAGGAGAGGGAGGCGGUGACGGAGAAGGAAGGGAUGGAGAUGGACAGGGAAGUGGUGGAACAGAUGGUGAUGAGGGAGGAGGUGGAACUGGUGACGGCGGCGCUGGCAUGGAAGGUGGUGAUGGAGCUGGUGGUGACGGUGGUGCCAGUGGUUCUGGUGCGGACAGUCAGGGUGGCAGUGAGCGGCGCAGGACGGCGCCGGCCUCACCACCCCCGACAGACGGAACUCAGGACACGGAGGAGCGGACAGCCACCGAGCCAGGAACACAGCCAGCCGGUAACAACUCCGACCACGCCACACCCGCGGUCAACGGGAACGCCGUCCACCUGAGCCAGCCACCCACCAACGGAGCGGCGCUGACCGCCUCGAACGGCUCAGUCGCCCGCGUCUCUCCGCGACCAGCCGAUCAGCCGGAGGGCCGCGGGGCUCCGUGGCGCUUCCCACUGCCCACCAUCACCCCCAAACCGGCGCUGAAUCUGCAGGGCGUGCGGUUCACAGAACCCGGGGAGGAGGCGCCGCCGUCCGCCGGCGCGCCGCAGACCCCGGCCGUGACAGUGACGGCAGCCAGCUUCUGCUGGCGCUGCGGCGGGGCCACGGCGCUGCGGGACGUGGGCCUGACGGUGCCGCGGGGGAAGCUGACGAUGAUUGUCGGGCCGAUCGGCUGCGGGAAGUCGUCCCUGGUGACGGCGCUGCUGGGAGAGCUGUGUCGGACGGCCGGCAGCGUCACAUGGGCCAGAAACACGACAUUCGCCUAUGCCUCUCAAUCUCCAUGGCUUUUCAACGACUCUCUGAGGGCAAACGUGCUGUUCGGCCGCCCAUUGAAGAAGGGUCGGUACCAGCGCGUGCUGACUGCGUGUGACCUACGGAAGGACAUCGAGCUGCUCGGCGCGGACGAGGACAGCACUGCCAUCGGCGAGCAGGGCAGCGUGCUGUCUGGCGGUCAGCGGCAGCGCGUGGCCGUGGCGCGCGCGCUCUACUCCAACGCCAACUGUGUUAUACUGGAUGACCCCCUGUCGGCGCUGGACGUCCACGUGGGCCAGCACGUGUUCGAGAACGGCAUCAGGAAGAUGCUGCUGAAGGAGGGGCGCACCGUCAUCCUGGUGACACACAAACUGCAGUACCUCAAGUAUGCCGACAAGAUAAUCGCUCUGGAGGCGGGCCGGGUGCGCCAGCAGGGGACCCUGCAGCAGAUCGAGGCGGCCGAGCCGGAGCUGGUGAACCGCUGGCAGGAGCUGAUCCGACUCGACCAGCAGCAGGAGACCAAGGAGGCCGCCGCCGAGACGCGCACGGCACGGGAGCGCUGGCGACUCAUCCAGGUCAUACAAAAGUUCCGCAGACUGCCGGCGGAGGGGCCGGCGCUGCCGCGCGACUCGUUCUCGGUCCGCCGCUCGGCUCUGCGGCGAAACACCUCGCUGCGCCACCAGGUGUCGCACCUGCUGCCCAUGAGUCUGGACGACGGCGACGAGUACGGCUCGGCGCCGCGGCGCCGCUGGACCACCUCGGCUCGCCGCGGCCGCGGCUGGGACCUGCUGGCGCGCCAGUACGGCCGCUCCAGCUCGCUGCGACCGGCCACCCCGGGCACCCCUCAGUCGCUGACGGACGGGGCGGAGGGCGGCGACCCGGCGGCCGCGGCGCGACGCCAGACCCUGCAGAGGAUGGCCUCGCUGCCGCCCACCAUGCCGUCGCCGCGCGGCCCGGCACGCAGCGGCUCCGUCUCGGAGGCCGGCAGACGCUGGGCGGAUGGCUUCCACCGACUCAUGGGCAGGCCGUCUCUGCGCUCCAGCUCGCGUCCGACGCCAUCGUCUGAGGACCUGUCCGGCCACCCGCCGUCCGACCAGCUGACGGCGCUCGUCUCCCUGGAUCCGGAGCCGCCGGCGGCCCGGCCUCAGGUGUCGCGCAAUGUCUCCAUAGCGUCCACCCACAGCGAACAGACCUGCGAUGGCGAGGAGGAGGCCGAGGUGGACUCGAGACGAUACUCUGAGGAGGAGCGGGAGAAGGGCAAAAUAUCGAAGAAGCUCUACCUCAAGUACAUCCGGGCGUGCGGCUGGGGCUUCGGAGCCCUCUAUCUACUCAUGUUCCUGCUUACUCAGGGGAUGCACUUCUUCAUGGACUACUGGCUGAGUUUCUGGAGCGAGUCGGCCUCCGAGUGGAACAUCACUCACGCCCGCCAGUGGCGCCAGCGGCAGGAGGCCGCCGAGGCGCGCAGUGCCGUGCUGCCCCAGAACGUCAGCCAGGCGUACGACCAGUACGUGCAGCGGCAGACCCAGUACUACCUGACCGUGUACGCUGUGUCGGGCGGCGUGGCCGUGCUGCUGGCUCUGGCGGCCAACGUGAGCGGUCAGUACGCCGGGGCGCGCGCGCGCCGGCACCUCCACAACCGACUGCUGAACGCUGUCACACGCAGCCGGAAGGAGUUCUUCGAGCACACGCCGGCCGGAAGGAUCAUCAACCGGUUCUCCACCGACGUCAGCUUCAUCGACAAAAAACUGGCGACGGCGAUCCACAUCCUGCUGUACUUUGUGCUGCAGUGCUUCACGGCCGUGGUGGCCAACACCAUCGUCAACUGGUGGUUCAUCAUCAUCGCCACAGUCAUCGGCUUCAUCUACUACUUUCUGCAGAGGUUCUACCGGACGUUCGCCAUCGAGCUACAGCGGCUGGACAGCAUCGCGCGCUCACCCAUCCAGUCUCAUUUCGCCGAGACCCAGUCGGGCCUGGCCGUGAUCCGCGCCUACCGCUACCAGGGCCGCUUCUUCUCGGCGCUGCUGCAGGCGGUGGACACGCACCUGGUCACCUCACUGCUCUACGAGUGUGGCCAGCGCUGGCUGGGAAUCGCACUGGACUACCUGGGCGCCGUGAUCGUAUUCGCGUCCAGCAUCACGGCGGUGGGUGUGGCUGUGCACAGCGACCAGCUCUCGCCGGGCGUGGUCGGCCUGGCCAUCAACUACACACUGCUCAUACCCAUGUACCUGGUCUGGGUGGUGAGGUCGCUGAGUGACGUCGAGAUGUAUAUGUGCGCCGUGGAGCGGGUGGAGAAGUAUGGAAGCCUUCGGGCAGAGGACUACAGGCAGAACAGGAUCGUGGCCGACUACUGGCCGCGGCACGGCAAGAUCGAGUUCUGCGGGGCCACGAUCGGCUACAGUUCCGAGUCGGCGGCCCGGCUGCCGGCCGAGACGAACACGGCUCCGGCGGCGGCAGCCAUGUCAGCGGCCGUGACGGCGGCGACCGAGGUGGCCGCCGAGGUGGCCGAGACGGCGCCCCUCACCCCCGUCACCGUCACCGUACUGAGGGACAUCAACCUCACCAUCGAGCCCGGACAGAAGGUGGCGCUGGUGGGCCGCUCGGGCAGCGGCAAGUCUACGCUGGCGAUGGCGCUGUUCGAGAUGUCUGACCUGCUCGAGGGCAGUAUCAAGGUGGAUGGACAGAGCCUGUCCUCGCUGCCGCUGCACGCGGUCCGGUCGCGGCUGGCGCUCAUCCCGCAGGAGCCGCUGCUCUUCUCCGGGACAGUCAGGUCGAACCUGGACCCCAAGUGUGAGAUGACCGAUGAUCAGAUGUGGGAGGCGCUGGAGUUGGUCCAGCUGAAGGACUUCAUCUCCAGCCUCGGCAGGGGACUGGACCUGGAGGUGCAAGAGGGCGGUGAGAACUUCUCGGUUGGCCAGCGCCAGCUGCUCUGCCUGGCGCGCGCGCUGCUCCGGCGCGCCCGUGUCGUGGUCAUGGACGAGCCGACCUCCUCACUGGACGCCGAGACUGUGCGCGCCCUGCAGGGGAUCGUGCAGCGCGCCUUCCGUGAUAGCACGGUCAUCACGAUCGCCCACCAGAUCGCCACAGUGCUCGACUACGACCUGCUGUUGGUGCUGGACGGCGGGAGGCUGGCCGAGCAGGGCCCGCCCAAACAGCUGGCCAAGAAGAGGGACGGACUGUUCGCGGGCAUGCUGCGAGCUGCGCUUGACCAGGGUGCCAGUCUGACCGAGAGGAUAGGAUGAGGGCGGGUCACGCCAGGGUGGGUGGGAUAGGGACAGUGAGAUGGGGAGGGGUUAGGGGGGACGAGGGAUGCCAGUGUGAUGAAGAAACGGACAGGGGUGUGGUCUUUACGUUGUCCAGCAAUGGAACUAAGAUUGACUCGGUCAGCGGGUGCGGUAGACUUCAAACAUAGGGUUGGGAAUCCUUACUGCCGGGCCUGCAGUCUGCACUGGGGCCAGGUAGCCUGCCUCGGGUCUGAGACUAUCACAUUGACGUGGUGACUGAUCGGCAGGGGCGGAUCCAGAAAAUCUCCAAGGGAGGGGCCAUUAGAAACCAUAAUCCCACCUGUUGGAGGCCCCAUCUUCCCAC